UCUAGGGCAAGGGCCCCACACGUGUUUAGAACCCUAUACUACUCAGCAAUGGAGGCGCUAGAGAGGAGGACGAGGUAAAUUUCUUCCCGAUCGAUCGCUCGAUCCAUCCAUUUCUUGAUCGGCGAUGUCCGCGGCGAUUGGAGUGCCGCUGCUGGAGGCCAUCUACUGCCUGGGGUGUACGCGCUGGGCGUACAAGCGAUGCAUCUACAUCGGGGCAGACGAUAGCAGCUCUUGGACGGCGGCGGAUGCGCACGAGCUGGAGCCGAUCCCGCGCGUGUGCCAGCUCGUCCUGGCGGUGUACGAGAGGGAUUUGCAGCACCCGAAGUGGGCGCCCCCCGGCGGCUACAAAAUCUCGCUCGAGAAUGUGGUGAAGAAGACGAGCGAUCUGGAGAGGAUUGUGCCACCGUAUCUCAUCUAUGUGGAUCACGAGCACAGGGACAUCGUUCUGACGAUUAGGGGGCUCAACCUCCGGCGGGAGAACGACUACUUGGUUCUUUGGGACAACAAGCUUGGCAGGCAGGAGUUUCUGGAUGGCUAUGUCCACCAUGGAUUGCUCAGAGCUGCGGUGUGGCUGCUCUACCAGGAGAAGGAAACGCUCAGGAACUGCAUCACCAAGUACCCCACGUAUACUUUGACGUUUGGAGGACACUCUUUGGGUUCCGGAGUGGCCGCGCUCAUGGCUGUUCUAGCGAUCCAAUUCCCGUUUCUUCUCGCGGAUAUCCCUCGGAAACAGAUUCGCUGCUACGCCAUAGCUCCUGCCAGGUGCAUGUCGCUCAACCUUGCUGUCAAGUACGCAGAUGUCAUCAACUCGAUCAUCUUGCAGGACGACUUCCUUCCUCGGACGGCUACCCCUCUGGAAGAUAUCUUUAAGUCGAUGUUUUGUCUUCCUUGUUUGCUAGGCUACAGAUGCCUCAAGGACACCUGCAUUUCGGAGGAGAAGCUGCUGCAUGACCCCAGGCGGCUGUAUGCACCCGGAAGAAUGUAUCACAUCGUCGAGCGGAAGUUUUGUAGCUGCUGGAAGCAUCCUCCGGUAGUCAAGUCCGGCAUUCCCGUGGAAGGACGGUUCGAGCACAUUGUUCUCUCGUGCAAUGCAAUCUCGGAUCACUCCAUUCUGGCGAUCAUGGAGGAGUCAGAAAAAGCUUUGCAGAUGCUGAGGGACAAAGACACCGAAACGAACACGCCACCAAUCCAAAAGAUGACAAGGCAGCAAACGCGGGCUAAAGAACAAGACGAAGAACACAAGGCAGCUCUCAGGAGAGCCGCGACGCUCGAGGUCCCAUCAGCCGGCUACGAAUCAGCAGACGAAACUCAAGCAAAUGGAAACGGCGAUUGUGGUGUUUGUCCCGACGAUGAAGCAGCGGGCGAGGUUUGUCCACAACCAGAAGCCCCCUGCGAAGCUGGUCAGCUCAAGUUGAAGAUCGAGUGGGACGAACUGCUAGACAAGUUGUUCCGGAAAGACGACGCUGGGAAGUUUGUGUGGAAUAAAUAAGAGGCCUCAGCGAUGCAUUUGUAAAUGGGAAAGGUGUGGAAUAAAAACUCGUGAGGGUCUUUCUU